CAUAAUUCAUAGUUUACUGAUCCUUCAUCAGAUCCUUAAUCUGUUGAGGGGUUUUUUAAAAUAAGAUAAUUCUUAAAAUUACUUGAUUUUCCUCGAACUUUUUAAACAGCCUCCGUAUCAUUUCAGACUUCCCCAUGUUUACAGUUACCCAAUAAUCGUUUGCUGUAUUCUCAAGUUUAUUAAAUGUGUAUAAUCCUACAUAUUAUUUCAUAAAACUGAUAAAUGUUUUAUUGAUGACACGUUGACCUUUAAAAUGUUAUUACUCCCGAUUUUCUUCUCGGCAUAAAUACAGGUAACUUGUUGUGGAGAAGCAGAUUUUGUUUUGCCGGCAAAGAUGCAUCUUCUGUGCAAGACUGUUGUUUUACUAACGGUGGUAGUUGCAAUAAGGGCUGAGAAAAAUGAUCUGACAAGAGAUUUAAAAGUCAUCCUACCAAGUGGUGAUAAGAUGUCUGUUAUAGGAUUUGGAACUGGAGGUGUAAGAGGUAUAAGAGGAAUUGAAAAUGUAACAAAAAUUUUAGAUGAUGUCUUAGGUGCAGGAUACAGGCUAAUAGAUACGGCUGCUGCUUACGAAAAUGAAGAAGAUAUCGGAAAGGCCUUAAAAGAACUUUUGCCCAAAUAUAAUCUGACGAGGAAGGACAUUUUUGUUACUUCAAAAUUAGCCGCAAGUAAAGAAGCCUUUGGUGAAAAUGCUUACAAGGCUUUAAAGCAAUCAUUUCAACGUUUCGGCUUUGACUAUAUUGACUUAUACCUUAUUCAUUUCCCUGGAUACUUCCCACCUCCUGGACCAAACACGAACUUCUCAACAUUGAGGGACGAAACCUGGAAACAGCUGGUAAAAGGUCAGAAAGAAGGUUUAACAAGGAACCUUGGAGUGUCGAAUUAUAAUAUCAGACAUCUAACAGAAUUGUUAAAUAAUGACCAUGGAGUUAAACCCGCGGUGAAUCAGGUGGAAUGGCAUCCAGAAUAUCAUCAAGAUGAGCUUCUGGAAUUUUGUAAAAAACAAGGAAUAGCAUUGCAAGCUUACUUUUCUUUGGGAGGCGUUGAAAAUAAAACGACUUUACUGGAAAAACCUGACGUUAAACACAUCGCAACCAAAUUAGGAAAAACUCCUGGACAAGUUCUUUUGAGGUGGGCUGUACAACAAAAUGUAUUGGUAAUUCCGAAGUCUCGAAGCAGAAAGCAUAUGGAGCAAAACUUGGAUCUGAAUUUCGAAAUACCUGAAUAUGAUAUGAAUAUUUUGAGUAAUUUAAAACAGCCGGGCAAAUACAUUUGGAACCCAGACACGAUUAUAUGAUGUUCUGUUUUAACAUAAAUUAUUAUGUAUUAUUUUUUGUAUAUUUUUCAAAAUAAAUGAAAUUUGAGUUUAAAUAUAUCAUCGUGUUAAAGAAUGACAACUUUGAAAG